AUGAAACGCCACCAGGACAAGGUGAACGCCUGUGGGGCGCAAUUUGUGAAACAGCGGAAGGAGGUGGCGAAGCGAAAGAAGUCGUACCCCAACGUUCACUAUUACGCGGACGAGCACCAAGUCGACGAUUUGGACGACUUCUAA